CGGUUUUGGGUUGUUCGCUUGUCUGAGACAGUGACUCCCUCAUUUUGUGUUAAGGGUUGCUUGGUUGAUUAGAAAACGAAGGAGAGGAGAGAAUCUUGAGUGUAUAUUGUUUGAUUUCUAAAAAAUGUAAACCUGCGCAUCAAAGUCGAAUGGUUGCUUAAGCAAAGGGAGAUUUUAUCAUCUGAGCUCGAGGGUAUUGAAGAACCAUGUCAAGGAGGCCAGUAGGUUCAGCUCGACGGUUUGCUGAUGGCGGAGGCAUUCCAUUCAUGGGCUCAUUGCAUUCCAGAUCACGCUCAUCACCUUUGCUAUCUAUUGGGCUUGUGGUUUUGGGCGCAAUCCUUCUUAUUGUCUAUGCUUAUAGUGGUUCAGGUGGAUCCAUCAGUGACAAAGAGGCUUUAAGUAAAGUUGAAGGUGGUGUUUCAUGCACAUUAGAAGUUCAGAGAGCUUUACCUAUUCUAAAGAAAGUAUAUGGUGACAGCAUGCAUAAGAUACUGCAUGUGGGGCCUUACACUUGUUCGGUGGUCUCUAAAUUAUUAAAAGAAGAGGAUACCGAAGCCUGGGGUGUGGAACCUUAUGACAUAGAUGAUGCUGAUGCCAACUGCAAAAGUCUUGUGCGCAAAGGCAUUGUGCGUGUGGCUGAUAUCAAAUUUCCUUUACCCUAUCGAGCAAAAUCGUUUUCUCUUGUCAUUAUGUCAGAUGCAUCAGAUUACUUGUCUCCAAAAUACCUUAACAGGACUCUUCCAGAACUGGCUAGGGUAUCUGCUGAAGGUCUUGUUAUUUUUGCUGGUUAUCCAGGUCAGCAUAGGGCUAAAGUUGCAGAGCUAUCCAAAUUUGGCCGCCCAGCAAAAUUGCGGAGUUCAUCUUGGUGGAUAAGGUUUUUUGUUCAAACCAGCUUAGAAGAGAAUGAAGCUGCAACAAAGAAGUUUGAACAGACUUCAAUGAAGAGGUCUUACAAGCCAGCAUGCCAAGUUUUCCACCUCAAGUCAAACCACUGAUAAUCUGAGCCCCGCAUCUCGACUCUUUUAGCUCAGUGAACAUGACAAGCAUUCUCAUCUCGCAUAAGGGAAAGCAUAUUUAGGUGGAACUUGUAUUGGCCGUAUUUGUAAUGCAUUCAUAAGACUGUAAAUACUUCUGAUUGAAAUUUAUUUUUGUUGUGGUAGUAAAUUCUUGUGAACUGGCCUCUUAAAAUGUAUUCUUUGUAAGUUAGGUGGUUGUUUCCCAGUGCUGCUGCUGCUGCUUGUAAUUCCCAUCAUAGUUCUGACGAAUAUGAAACAGACUAUAACUAUUUUUGUAUGACAUAUUUAUGGCAGUGUCUCACAGAUAUAUUUCA